AGGCGGCGGCGCCAGCCCCCGCGGCCUGCGUUAAAAGUUCGGCGGGGCCAUUUUGGGGCAGUAAGACCCAGCGCCGGCCCCGGGACGCCCGCCGAGCGCCGCGCACCCACCCCGACCCGCCCUGCCGCCAUGAGCGAGGCGGCGGAGAACACCCCUGCCGCCACGGCGCCCACCGACACCACCGCCACCACCACCACGGCGGCCGACGGAGCCCCGCUGGCACCGCCCGCAGCCGCCCCGGACGCCAAGCCCAAGAGCCCCGGCAGCGCCGCUGCCGCCGCCACCACCACGACCACCGAGGCGCCCGGUGCUGCUGCAGCCGCUGCCCCCACCGCUGCCCCCGCCGCCACCGGGGCGGCGGAGACGGAGAAGAAAGUGCUGGCCACAAAAGUUCUUGGCACCGUCAAGUGGUUCAAUGUGAGAAAUGGGUACGGCUUUAUCAACAGAAAUGAUACCAAAGAAGAUGUGUUUGUUCAUCAGACGGCAAUAAAGAAAAACAAUCCACGGAAGUAUUUGCGCAGUGUUGGUGAUGGAGAGACUGUAGAAUUUGAUGUGGUCGAGGGAGAGAAGGGUGCAGAAGCAGCUAAUGUCACUGGUCCAGAUGGAGUCCCUGUAGAAGGCAGUCGCUAUGCUGCAGACCGGCGCCGCUAUCGACGUGGCUAUUUUGGCCGACGCCGUGGACCACCUCGAAGUGGUGUUGAGGGAGAAAUCAAGGAUGGGAUCACAGAAGGAGGACAACUUAAUCAGCAAGUCCAUAGGAAUCCUACGUAUCGUCCCCGCUACCGCAGAGGUCCCCCACGUCCACGCCCUGCCCCAGUGGCAGGAGAGGCCGAAAACAAAGAGAACCAGCAUGAAGCCAAUGCUAUGAGUCAGCAGCCACUUCGCCGUGGGUAUAGGCGCCCGUACAACUACCGGCGUAGACCUCGUCCACCCAAUGCGUCAGCUCAGGAUGGGAAAGAGACAAAGGUGACUGAAACACCUGCUGAAAAUCCUGCUCCGGUGACUGAGCAGAGUGGUGCCGAGUAAUGUCCAGCUUCCCCAGGCACCUUUACCAUCUCUCAGGUGUCCUAAAGUACAACUCAAAAGUAACACCAAAGAAAUAUUCAAGCAAUAAAUAGUCAACAAUGAUGAAAGCAAAGAUUUGAAACAUCGGAACUUAAAAAUAAUACCAGCAGCUGAGAUCCAGGGAACGCCUGCAAGACAGAUGCAUGAAGAGAAAGAGAGCGAGAUUCAGAAAGAGCAACCUCCCCAGUUUCAACAGCAACUGUGGGUUUUUUCUUUUUUAGAAUUUCAGUGUUUUGCUAGUAUUGAAUUUUUCAGUUUUUCUUUUGGUAUCAAACUGAAAAAAGGGAAAAAUACCCAACCAAAGAACUGAAAUUGAAAUCAAAUGCUUUUUUAUUGGAUGCUGGUGCUAAACCUCCCAAGUGUGUUGAGUUUUCUUUUUUCUGUGCCAGUCCUGUUCACUGCAGGACAUGGGGAGGAGAAAUUUCCGCUUUCCUUGGUAAGAUCUAUUUGAAACUGUGCAGCAUGGGUGACGUUCCUCACAAAUAAAAAUGAUUUCAAGUACCAAAAAAGCAAA